UGAGACUUUUGCUAAAGAUAGCUUUAAAGAAAUAACGUUAGCUGUGAGCAGCGACCAAACGGCAGCUGAGCUACGAUGCUCUCUGUUUUCGUUUACCGGAGAGACAAUAAAAACGGAAGACGAGGCGAGGCUUUGGUUUACCGACACGGACAUCUUAUCACCGAGUAGACAAAAGGGAGGCCGUGAGAGACCUGUGUGAGUGUGUGUGAUUCCUGUGUGCCCGGGGCUGCUGCUGUGGAGCUGAGCUCGGACAGGACAGGGCGGGGUGAUGUUUAGGUUCCGGUAUAAAGGCAGCGAGAAAAUGGGAACCAGACGAGAUGUGGAGCCGGCUGCCGACGCUGUCGUUUUAUACCGGAGACUAGAAUGAGAGGUUUACCGUCCUGGUGUAACAGGGCGGCGGUGUAACCGUCUGGGGGAGGCCGCUGGCGGGGGAGAAGCGUGUCUCUGCGGCGCCCCUCCGCCCCCUGUCCGUCAAUAAGAUGAGGACGCUAUUUACAUUCUGUUGUCUCUUCCUUAUUACCGGCGGAGCGGACCGGGCGUGGGCCACCGGAAAUCUAACUGUCGACAGCAGCAACGACACCAACCUGACGGCCGACAGCAGCAGCAGGUAUAUCACAAUCGGGGACGGGUCAUCGCAGGAAUUUGAGUUUCCCGAAAACACCAACGGCGUGAUUGUAAUCUCCAGCCAGUACCGGAGCGCCGCGGCGAGCAGGAAGGGCCGACAGAGCUGGAAGCAGACGGUGACGGUCCGCUCCCUGGACCCGGAGGUCCUCUCCAUACUUAACGUGACAGAUAGUGGCCACGUAGGACUAGCCAAGAGCUACAUUAUCAGUAUCCGCUCCGGGCUCCCAGGCCGGGCUCAGCUGCAGAUCCAGCUGCUGGACCUGGACCAGGAUUCGGUGCCGGUUCUGAUCGAGGAGAGGACGGAUUAUUCAAUCAGAGUGGCGCCCGGUAAUGAUGACCCGGCCACCCGGCUCAUCCAGUCGGGUGGGUUGUCUCAUUUCUCUGAGAACCCUGUGCUGUUUGCCUUGCUGCCCCUCAUCUUCGUCAACAAGUGUGCCUUCGGGUGCAAGGUGGAGGUGGAGGUGCUGCGGGGUCUACUGAGGAGCCCGGUGCCCCUGCUCUUAGGGGUGCUGGGUCAGUUCCUGGUGAUGCCAUUGUAUGCCUACUGUGUAUCCCGGCUGGCCUCACUGCCUAAAGCGCUCUCUCUGGGCCUGGUCAUCACCUGCUCUGCCCCAGGUGGUGGGGGCGGCUACCUGUACAGUCUGCUGCUCGGAGGAGACGUCACCCUGGCUAUCUCCAUGACCCUGGUGUCCACAGUGGUGGCGGCAGCAGCCAUGCCUUUGUCAUCAGCUCUGUAUGGUCGGCUCUUGGGUGUGCACGCUGCCCUGCACGUGCCGUUUGUGAAGAUCCUUGGCACCCUCCUGUUCAUCGCCAUCCCCAUCUCUCUGGGCAUGCUGGUCAAGCUGCGCCUGCCUGCCCUCACACGCGUCCUGCUGGCACUCAUACGACCCUUCAGCUUCGUGCUCAUCGUAGGUGGAAUCUUCAUGGCCUACCAAAUGGGUGCAUCCAUCCUGGCCAAUGUCAGGCCCCAGAUUGUGGCAGUUGGGGUGACGGUGCCUUUGUUGGGGCUGCUAGUUGGGGCUAUCCUGGCCAAGCUGGUGGGCCUUGCCCCACCGCAGAGGAAGACUGUCAGCAUAGAGGUGGGCGUCCAGAACAGCCUGCUGGCACUCGCUGUCAUGCAGCUGUCCUUCCGCCGUCUGGAGGCUGACUUCGCGUCCCAGGCACCCUUCAUCGUGGCCCUCAGCAGCACCUCCGAGAUGCUUCUCAUAGUUCUGGGGUACUUUGCUCAGCGCAGGUUGUGUGGGUCUGCCACCCCCAGGAGUGACGCCUGAUUGUAGCCGUAGUUUUUUUGUUCUGAACUUUUUUGCAGAAUGAACUUUUUCAAACCUGUGGAAAUUUGGUGUCCCACAGUCAAGGCUACGAGACACAACAAUCACCAAUCCAGUCAUCACUGUUGUGGCACACGGGACAGUGAAUGGACUCUUUUUGUGUUUUUGUCGUUCGUAUUUUUCAUGAAAACCAAAGGCCUUUUACCCCUCUGAGACCUUUUGUGUUUAUUUUACAGUAUGUACUUUUUAAAAUCUGAUUAUACUGUGAGGUAUACAAUGUAAAUAUUCCUAAGAAGAGACAUACCUAUAAAAGAAAAGAUAUUUUUCUACCAGAUUACUUUUUGUAAUCAAAAAGCAAAGAUUGAUUUGCAUCAUGUUUACAAGAGGUCCAUGUGUCUUAGCCCAGGGGAGAAGUUUUGGGGGUAAAGUGGAAUCAUUUGUCAAUCAAACAAGAACAUGAUGAUGUUAUGAAAGUAUUUGCUACUGAUUGUGUUUCCUGGAUCUGCGGAUCCAUGUACUUGAAUAUUAGACAGGAGAAGUGAAGAAAAAGUAAAUAAAAACAUUGUUAAAGCAGG